AUGAAGAUGAAAAGACACGUGAUGAAAACGUUGAAAAAGAAAAAAACUUUAGAAGGUGAUAAGAUUCAAAAAAAGCAAACAAAAAAAUUGAUGAAGCAAGAUGAAACUGUUUUGAAGAGAAUUGAAAAGAAAACAACACAAGAAAGAAGACAGAGUCCAAGAUUUCAAAAAACAAAAACGAAAAAGUCGAUGAAGCAAGACAAAUCUGUUUUCAAGCACCUGAAAAGAAAACAACUCAAGGAAAAAAAAACAAAUGAAGCAGAGAUAAAAAUUAAGAUUCUCAAGACAAAGACUCUGAAAGUAGUCAAAGAAAAAAAGGCAAAAGUGCCAAUAAAUCCAAAUGACAGAGUCUCUUUGAGAACAAGAAUGAGCCCAAAGAAGUUUUAUGAUAUCGUUAAAUCUUUAAACAAAGAACAGAAAAAAAAAACUGUUAGAGAAAUGAGAUUGGGAUCUUUGCUGAGAAUUGCAACCAAUGGAAUUUCUGGGAAAUUGGCACGUUUUAUUGUGAAUUCAUUCAAUCCAUCAGAUAUGAAAAUGCAUCUACCUAAUGCAAAGAUAGACGUAACACCAACUCUUGUUCACGAUUUGCUUAGAAUUCCUCUAGGUGGAAAAGAUAUAUAUAACACUGACCAAUAUGAAGGAAAAGAAUUAAUGGAUUGGAAGCAACAAUAUAAUUUCAAGGCUAUGAGACCAUCAGAUCUUGAAGAGAGAAUUAAAGAAUCAUCAGAUUCAGGGAUUAUAUUCAGAACAAACUUUCUAUUACUAUUUGUUAAUACCAUCUGUGAACAGAAUAAGCCUGGAACUUGUAAAACAACAGUAUUGCCACAUUUGUUAGGCAAAACACCUAUGAGAGAAAUUGAUUGGUGUGGUUUUAUAACCAAUUGCUUGAAAAUGUCAAAGACUACGUGGGAUGAAACCGAUAGAGGAAACUACUAUUGUGGGCCACUUCUUGUAUUAUUGCUAGCUUAUUUGGAGUUUAUGAGAAAUGAUAAGAAUGAAAAAAGACAAAUACAUGCACUACAUUUUUGGGAUUAUGACAUGAUGUUGAAAAGGGAAAAAGUUGACUUAAAGAGUGGUGACUUUGGAACUUUGGAAUGGAAUGAUGAUGUUAUAGAGAAUAAUGAAGAAUCCGACACCGAUGAAAAUGAAGAUAUGAAACUCGAUGAAUUGGUAUUCAAAGCGAAAAAGAAUUAUAAAAAACUAGUGAAUGAUAAAAUAGAAGUCAAAAUGAAGAUGAAACAAAUGUGA